AUGUUUUGGUUGUGGUCAGGCGGCCAUAUGAGCAAGGAUUGGCCUAGGAAGGCCUUGAUUUGUUUUCACUGCAACCAUACCAGUCAUAAAACGGUCGAUUGUCUGAGGUUGUCUGGUGGAGCAGUAGUGGUGACUGCGCCCGCUACAUUGAGGAUUACAGAUGGCCGCCAGGGCAAGACGGAGACUCCUGUGGUGAAGAGUCGAGCAGAUGAAGCCCAAGCAGCGCCGAACGUCGUGACUGGGACCUUUUUGGUCAAUGGAUUGUCAGAUCUUGUUCUUUUUGAUUCGGGGGCUACCCGAUCAUUUGUAUCUCUUGCGCUCAACAGUAAGUUUCGAGAUGCUCCUGGGACUUUAGAUUCCCCUCUUGAGGUGGAGAUUGUGGAUAAUUGUACUGUGAACGCUGCAAGGGUAUUUCGAAGGAGUAUUCUGAACAUGUUCGACGAGAUUUUUCACCUCGACUUGGUACCAAUUCCCUUGAGGGGAUUGAAGGUGAUCAUUGGGAUGGAUUGGUUGGGGCCCAAUGGGGCCAUGACUGAUUGUGAGCGUCAUUUGGUGAGGUUUCGAACCCCAAACGGGGGAGAACUAGUCAUUCCUGGUAAGAGAGAUUCGUGUGGGCCAGCCCUCUGUUCAGCACCGAGGGCUAGGAGACUUCUUCAGCAAGGUUGUUCUGACGAUUUUGUAUUAUGUUUCACAUUUGAGGGCGGAGAUCACGACAGAGCUGAGUAG